UAAAACAAAACAAAAAAACAAUCGUAUCUUGUUUUUCAGUUAUUUGAGAAGCAGUGUACAGAGAGAAGCAUGAACCAGCAACCACCUACCUGCGUCUCCAUAGACCAACUGUGUGGGGACAAAAAGAAAUUAAAGGCACCUCACUUCAUCAACCCGUGCGGAUGUGAUUCGUACUUGGUUCUAGAAUAUUGUGAGGCCUUAAACAGGAACACCACGACUCUGAAGAAAAUAAGCUGUGGCAAAGGCACAACUUUCAGACAAAAGAGUGGCAACUGUGAAGACCCGAAAAAAAGAGAAGAAGAAAUUUGUAGACGUCAACCGUGGGAGAGAUGUAAAGCCCCCGUUGACCGAAACAAACCCCAACAAUGACGCCGAGGCGCCGCGGAGUGAUACCGAGCCUGCCAACACCGGAAACGGGGACUACUUAGUUAUGCAGGGAGAACCUGAAUACUCAAACGCCAAGACUUAGAUCUAAUCACUCAGGACUCGUUGGCGGCAUUGGUUGGAUUAAAUCUAGAGGAGUGUUGUCCAUCUACAUGCAUAGAUAUGUUCCGGGCUAUUUACUGAUCGGCGAAUUAAGAUUGCGCUGCGCGUUUUAAUGAUCGUAUACUUGCGCGGCAAUCUGAAGAGCUCACAAGAAUGAUACAAUGCCAGGCAUCAGACUCAAAGUUUGCAAAGUACAUUUUUAUUUAUUAUACAUUUUUGAAAUAAUUUUUUUUAAAAAUCACUUCCAUCUUAUUCUUUUACUCGCAGUAAGGAACAUUCACAUACUAUAAUUUUCAAAAGCAUAAAAAUAUCAAAAGUAAAAUUAAAAUUAGAAUUAAAAUUAAUGUAUGAAACUGAAGAGCUCGCAACAAUGAUAAAAGGCCAGGUAUUAAACUCAAAGUUCACAAAGUGCAUUUAUUAUAAUAUAUUUCAUAUUUUUGAAAUAAUCCAAAAA